AUAUGAAGAUAAACUAUUAUAAACGCCACUGAGGAAGGAGCAAAUAAGAACAAAGUCUCCACACUCUCUCUUCCUAACUUUCCCGCCACCCACAUAAGCCAUGGAAAUCGAUGGAGAAGAAACUCUCCUACGGAGAAAGCAAUCUACUUAUCUCUCUCUGGAUGAGACGUUUGAAAUACGAAAAGAGACGUAUAGAGGUCAGCAAUACAGCCAAAUUUACUUUGUUCGUUUGCACUGGAUGAGAAAUCUACUUUACUCUCUCGUUCCCAAUUGGAAACCCAGUUUGCCAGUUUGUACAGUAUUGGGAUUGGAAGAAGGCAAGGAAUGCAUCAUUGUUGGGACCCUUUACAAGCACAUGAAACUCAAACCUUUGAUUCUUGAUGAGUACUCGAAGGAGAGAUCUGCAACUCCACUUGUUAGGCCCCAUAAUUUUAUGCAUCCCGAUGAUCAUCUGGUUUUGGAAGAUGAGAGUGGGAGGGUUAAACUCAGUGGGACUAUGCUUUUGCCUUCAGUAUAUGUAACAGGUGGUGUUGUUGCGUUACAUGGAAAGGAAACUGGUGCUGGUGAUUUCUUGGUCCUAGAUAUCUUAGAAGCUGGCUUAGCACCCCAGAUAGAGUUACCACUUAAAUCAAGAGAAGACAAGUAUGUUGUUCUUGUGUCAGGGUUGAGUAUUGGCAGCGAGACAUCUAACCCUCUUCAGUUUCAGCUUCUUGUUGAUCAUAUAACAGGACAUCUGGGAGAUGAAAAGGAACAAGAUAUUGCAGCACAGAUAGUUCAAGUAGUAAUUGCUGGAAACUCCGUUGAAAUACCACGUGGACUUCUUAAUGGACAGAAUUUGACUUCAAAAGAUCAAUCAAGCCAUUCUGAUCCAAUCCAAGAGUUAGAUAUCCUGUUAACUCAGAUUGCUACAGGUGUCCCUUUGGAUAUCAUGCCCGGAGUUAAUGAUCCAGCAAACUUUUCUUUACCUCAGCAGGCUUUGAACAGAAUCCUUUUCCCUGGGUCUGCAGCUUAUAACACGUUUAGGUCAUGUACUAAUCCUCAUUGCUUUGAGAUUGACAAUAUCAGAUUUCUUGGAACAUCAGGUCAGAACAUAGAUGACCUUCAGAAAUACUCAGAGGCAAAGGAUCAGCUUGAAUUUAUGGAAAGGACAUUGAGGUGGAGGCAUCUGGCACCAACAGCACCUAAUACUCUUGGAUGUUACCCUUUUAGUGAUAGGGAUCCGUUUCUAAUUGAGAGCUGUCCCCAUGUCUACUUUGUUGGUAAUCUGGAUAAAUAUGAUACACGCUUGCUCAAGGGAUCAGAAGGGCAAUUGGUAAGACUCAUAUCUGUGCCUAAAUUCAGCGAAACUGGAAUAGCUGUGGUGGUUAAUCUGAGAAAUCUUGAAUGUCACACUCUGAGUUUUGAGACUCAAUUCAGUUCAUAGUUCAUGGAAAAGAAUGAAGAAGUAACCAACUUGCCUUUUUGGGUAGCAUAAACUUUAAAUCCUUAAGUACGGGGUCACAUCCUUGUACCAACUUAUACCGGUAUUGACUGUAACAUUACAUCUCACAUCUGCUUUUGAGUCAUUGUCUCAGACGAGGUUGGACCAUUUGGACAGUGGUGGACCCAAAAAAAAAAAAAAAAAAAGCUAAGAUUUUAUUUAUAUGUUGUUUCUUAUUUUUAAAUUCUACACUUUGACCCCUCUUUCUAGACCUCCAAAAAGGCAAUUUCCUAGUUUUGCCAUUGCAUGAUGGAUGAGAUGAGGGUAGCAUUGCCUUAUCUCAGUACCUAUUGCAGGCUCAGCACAAACUGAAAACUUUCGCAUGUUUUAAGUUUGCAAUUCUUCAUCAAUCAGAUGCCACUGAAUGGAAGACUAUUAUCUUAUCUUAA